UCCCACUAUAUUAUUAGAUUAGAUAAACGACCAACAACACAUCUGUUUCUUCUACUAGACGUUCUUAUCAAAUAAAAAUUAAAAAUUCCAUUACCUUCUAUAGAUGCGUACGCUAGAGUUGAGCUUGUGACUUAAUUUUUGUUUCGAACUGAGCAACGUAAUGCAAUAGUGGUUUCGCCCUUCAUCGUAACAUUUACUGAUUAAAUAUACUCAUAAAUACGUUAAAAACAAGGUAUAAUGCAUCUCCCAAAGAGAAGACACCUUUUUUAUUGUUAGUCUUCUUCCAAAAAUUUUUUGAGUGUUUAUCUAGUGAAAAGAUUAGCUUUUUUAGUUGAUUGCGCCAAGAUGGAAGUCAUCAGGACGGAGGAAGUAACUCAGCAAUGUUGAGACAACAGAGAUUAAUGUGCAGAACCUGACUGCGCAAUCAUAUACUGAUGAAUGUGAAGUUUAACUACUGAAGUGCAAUACACAAUGUCUGUAACAAGUGGAGGUCCAAUCCCAGGGCCGAAUUUUCGUGAAGACGAACUGCAAGCGGAGCGCGGCGAGGAAAUUGUGCAACUUCUCUUAGCUGCAGGUUAUUUUCGAGCGCGAAUCAAAGGGCUAUCACUGUUCGACAAAAUCGUUGGUGGGCUCGUCUGGUGCAUUCAGGUGUGUGCAAUGGAUAUCGAAGUCGAGCUUUUGUUCAAUGAGAACUGGAAUAUUGGCACGAAGAUUGCACUAACAGAGAAAAUUGUACGUGCACUGAAAGCACUUCAGUGUCCGCACCCAAUUGAGCCGCAUCAGAUUCAGGGAAGCGAUCAUAUCCACGUAUUUCCUGUGGUCCAAUGGCUUGUCAAGCGUGCUCUCGAAACGCGUGAGCAAAACGCACAGUAUUAUGCGCGCUUCGCGCAAUACCAGCUUGAAAAAAACUAUGGAGUUUCACCCGGAAGUCGGCCUAAAUCAGUGGAGGUAUAUAGACCGGUUCGAGCUUAUCGGCAUAAUGCACCCAACAGUCUUAGUCGCGAACUAUUACUCGAUGCUGUGCUGCUCGAGUAUUCGCAGAAAGGUGCAGCCAGUGUACAUGAUGAGGAGCGGAGCUCAGCUAUUGUUGGUGAUAUGAGAUCCGUCGAGUUAGCGGAUGGAACUACCAGUGGUGUCGAAGGCGGUAACGAAAAAAUGAAAGAGCUUGUAGAACGACGUCAGAACGAAAUUGCCGAAGGAGUAAACGAAUGGCGAGAACUCCGCGGUAACGAAGAGGACGAAAUGGAAAAACGGAAGCAUAGAGUUAUUAAAGAGAUCGGUUGGCGGGAACGGCGGCUGGAAGAUCUGCGGGAAAAGGUACGAGAACGCCGUGAAGAUGUUAAAACCGCUCGUCGAAAAAUCAAAGAGGCCCGAGAAGAGGCCGAACGAAUGAGAGCGUUAAAGGAAAAAGAAGAUCAAGAGGAAGUGUUUCCCGGAGUCUGUGAACUUCUCCAGGUUCUAGAUGAGAUGAAAAAGCAGGAAGGCGAAUUUAAGAGGGAAUGCCGACGAGAACUGGAAAGACUACAGCAGAUGGUUGCAGAAGAACAACGCCAGGGCGACAACGGCAUCAGCGAGUCGCAGGCGCGCGACGAGAAAGUUGAGGAGGAGUUUGCACAGGUGUCCCAAAUGAAAGUGAAAAUUGCCAAGCUCAACAGGCAAGUGGGGAAACUGCAGCGCACCAUUGAUCAAAUUCCCACGCGCUCUGAGCUCGGCCAGUUUCAGAGGCGGUUUUUGGAACUACAUCAGCAGGUGGCCGAUGUGCAUAGGGAAACGAAACAGUACUACACGAUGUUUAACACAAUGAGCGACUUGUGUGCCUAUCUCGAAAAAGAGAUAGGGCUACUCAACUCUAUUCAGGAUAACUUCUCACAGGCCAUGGACUCGUCUACAAGUAGGGAGAUGUUCCUGAGUCAAGUCGAAGCCUCAGUUCAGGGUAUUCGACAGAAUCGAGUUAAAACAGAAAAGCGCCGACACGAGGCUAAAAUGGAACGUGAUAAACUACAGUAUGAAUAUCUUCGAUUGGUGGAGAAGCAACGGUUGUACGUAAAAAUGGUUGCAGAUUUCAAAGAGGAGCUUAGACGGAACCAAGCACUCAUGGCUUUGAAAAGUCAGCAGUCAUCUACCGAAUAAAUAAAUUAGCGAUUUCAGCAAUUAGAGUAGUCGUUGUACUUGAAAGCAAGCAUUUACAAGCAUAAAUCAGACUUAAAUUAAUCGUGACAAGUUAUGGGGUACUUUCAUUUCCAUGGAUUAGCAAGCAGUAAACUAUCUUCGUAAGCUAUUUUAAUUUGAAAUUUGUGUCUAUAAAAAAUAAAUUAGUGGCCGUUGGUAUGUUGAACACUGCAACUGAGCAGUUUUGACAGUAGGGUGAGAAAAAUUUAAAAAAACAAUUGAGUGAGCAAAAUAUAGUUAAUUCACAUAUAAACAUUAAUGCUUGGUCAAAAUAGUACACAAUACUGAAGAAUUCACAAGCCAAACAAAAGCAUGUGUGCGUCGCGUACUAGUCAGCAUGAUUCUGUGUGUUAUGUAAAAUGAUGAUGUGGAAUAUCCACUUAAAUAAUUAGCGUAGAUUUUACACU